GGGACGUGGCUGCAGGAGACAAGGACAGGCCCUGAUGGGUGUCACAUGUUUGCCUAUGGUGUCACAUGUUUGCCCAUGGUGUCACCCGGGUGUCCGUGGUGUCACCCGGGUGUCCGUACUGUCACCUGGGUGCCCACGGUGUCACCUGGGUGUCCAUGGUAUCACCUGGGUGCCCACGGUGUCACCUGGGUGUCCGUGGUGUCGCCUGUCUGUGGUGGCCAUGCCACCCGUGUGCGGGCACCUCUGUGCCCACGGUGACACCUGUUUGGUGGCAUCUGUGUGACCCCGUCACCCCUGUGGUGGCUCCUGUGUGGCCGCAGGAGGAAGUUUGAGGAGGGGCGGGCGUGGCCCGGGGGGUGUGGCCCGGGCCGGGUGUGGCACUUGCGUCACCUGUCCCUGCUCAUUUCUGUCACCGCUGGGCACCGUGGCCACAGAGCCACUGUGGGCAGGGCACUGGGAGCACUGAGAGGGGCUGGGAGCUGCACCUGGAGUUAACUGGCAGUCACUGGGAGCCACUGUGAGUGACUGGGACACACUGCGAGUUACUGGGAGCAUUGGGAAGGGCUGGGACUGGCACUUGGAGUUAACUGGGAGCCACUGGGAGUUGCUGGGAGUCACUGGGAGCCGCUGGGAAGGGCUGAGAGCCGCCAGGAAUGACUGCGACACACUGGGGGUAGCACCUCAAGUUAACUGGGAGCCCGCAAGAGCAACUGGGACACACUGGGAGCCACUGGGAACGGCUGAGAGCAAGCAGCGCCUGAGAUCAACCAUGAAGCUCCCGCCGAGCUCCCGCCUGGUCCUGCUGCCGGUGGCCGCGGGGCUGGCCCUGCUGGCUCUGCACACCCAGCACCCCGCGUCCCCUCCCAGCACCACCGUCCACCCCAGCCCGGCCCCACGCCCCAGCAACGCCACGGUGCCCCCACAGCCACCGCGGCACCCGCUGCAGCCGCCGUACCCAUACCCCUACCGCUUCCUGCUGAACCACCCCGAGAAGUGCCGGGAGCGGGCGCCGUUCCUGGUGCUGCUGGUGGUGACGGCCCCGGCCGACCUGGCUGCGCGUGACGCCGUGCGCCGCACCUGGGGCAACGAGAGCGCCGUGCCGGGGCUGAGCGUGCUGCGCCUCUUCCUGCUCGGCGUCCACCCUGUCUUCGGCGCCGAGCUGCGCCCGGUGCUGCAGGAGGAGGACAAGCUGCACGGGGACCUCCUGCAGCAGGACUUCCUGGACACCUACAACAACCUGACGCUCAAGACGCUGAUGGGGCUGGAGUGGGUGAGCCGCUUCUGCCCCAACGCCACCUACGUGAUGAAGGCCGACCACGACGUCUUCCUCAACCUGGAGUUCCUGGCAGGGCGGCUGCUGCAGCCUCUCAGGACCAACUUCAUGACGGGCUACGUGUACCGCUGGACGGGGCCGCUGCGGAACCCCGCCUACAAGUGGUUUGUGCCCCGCGAGGUGUACCCCAAUGACACCUACCCGCCCUACUGCGGCGGGCCCGGCUACGUCCUCUCGGGGGACCUGGCACGGCGCGUGUUUGCCGUGGCGCAGACGCUGCCAGCCAUCAACAUGGAGGACGCGUUCGUGGGCAUCUGCCUGCACGCGCUGGGCGUGGCCGUCACCGACCCGCCGGCCGGCACCUUCACCAUGUACCGGCUGGACUACGACAAGUGCCGCUUCUCCCGGCUGGUCAUGGUGCACCACUACGGGCCCAAGGAGCUGCUGCAGGUGUGGCCGCACUUCCGCGAUGUCCCCGUGGAGUGUCCCUAGGGCGGGGAUGGGCCGGUGGCGCUGGGGUCUGCCAGUGUCACCUUCCACUGACCGUGACUGGGAUCCACUGGUGUCACUGGGAUCCACCAGUGUCACCUUCCACUGACUGUGACUGGGAUCCACCGGUGUCACUGGGAUCCGCCGGUGUCACUGGGAUCCACCGGUGUCACUGGGAUUUGCUGGUGUCACCUUCCACUGACUGUGACUGGGAUCCACCGGUGUCACUGGGAUUUGCCGGUGUCACCUUCCACUGACUGUGACUGGGAUCCUCUGACUGUGACUGGGAUCUCCCGGUGUCACUGGGAUCCGCUGCCCAUGCGUGGUCCCGGCUCUGGAGCAGCUGCUGAACCUCAGGGUCCCCCCGUGGGCGUUCCCGUCCCUUUGAGCCGCCGGAUCUGGUGCCGGAGCAGCUGCUCCAUCCACGGAGUCAUUUCGGUAUUCAGGAUCGAUGGGGCCGGGAUCUGCCGGGAUCUGGGAUCCACUGUGUUGUGUUAAGUUAUAUCCAAUGUUUUUAAUAAAAGGGCUGGAACCUCGUCUGUCCUA